AUGAUCCAACGGCUUAACUAUCAAGAAUGUUUAAAUGCCCGUAUCACACUUCCAUUGAAUUUUGAUUUGGAAAAUGACCGAAAUUUGCUUUCAAAAAUUAUAAAAUAUAGACAAAUUUUUGAUAUCCCCGUUUCAAUCACUAUAAUGCCUGAUUGCUUGCCUGCUUUAAUCCAGUUGAUGAUUAAACGACAUACAGUCACCAUGAACUUGGUCAAUCCUGUACCUAUAAGUCUGGCAACAAUUUUAGAUCUGUACAAAGAGGUUGGAAAACUUUAAUAUUUUCUCUCAAGUAAUAAACAUUGCUGGGGGUAUUCGAAGUUUUGUGUCUCCGGCCCCGACCUUUUUUAUAUUCAUGACUCUGGCUUA